CUGGAGUGACAUUAAUAGUCACUGACAGUGCUCAAUUAGACUCUGCAGUGCCAAACGACCACGGUUACGUUCUAACAACAUUGCUACCAUGAAGAUCAAAUCCGAAGAAGACCUCUUUUCGACUUCGUUCAACAAUGAUUUCGUGGGGGAAGUCGACCAGGCUUCUCCAGUGACAGCGGCAGUUUGUCCUCCAGUAUCCGUCGACUCUGAAACUAAAGCAAAAAUCAAAAAGUGGGAAGAUGAAGACGAGGUAGCAACACGGUCUCGACUGAGAGCGUCGCGAAACCCAAGACUCAAAGUCAAAAAAGAAAACGACCCUGAGUUGUGGUUGGACAUAAAGACCAUCGCACGCUAUUACGAACCCAUCCCCGACUUUCCUGUAGAUGAAGAAGAACUCGACACAGAUUUUGUGGUUCCCAGGUUAUUUUUAAGCAAGACCUUUGGCGGCAAUUGUCAAGAAACAUACCCCACGUUCGCCAAAGACAAACGGAAAGAAUUGGAAAUGCAAGGGUUUGGCGAUGGCGAGUGGGCCUGCUUGCACCAACAUUAUAAUCCCUUCAUGCCCACACGGCCCGGCCGUCCAGGUCUCUUUUUUGGCAGUGGAGAUAAAUGUGAGAUCGAAAAGUUGGAGGUGAAGAAGAAAAAUGGACCGCCCAGACGCGAUCGAGUCAUUGCGUGGUUAAAGCCAAAUCAAUGGCUUUAUGUGGGUCAGUAUGAUGUAUCGUUCACCUCGUUCCUGUCGAAAGAAGAAUGGUUGCAGCUGACCCCAAAGGUCCACAAGACUUGGGCCAAAGGUGUUUGUGAAAAGGAAUGGGGCAAAGGGCAUCGAGCCCGAAUCUUCCUUCGAAAUCGGCCCGGCGCAAAUCGUCAGUUCACUGAGGCGGAGUUUCGUCAGCUUUCAGAGGGCGAAAGUAACUUAAAGGGUCGAAUCACUGAAGAACAGGUGAUUGAGUCUUUCAAUAGAGGCGAGGAGUUUAUCUUCGUCUACAGCAUGAAAUGUGUCGGGUACGAAUACGACUUCCAACGUAAACUGGUUCUCGAAUAUCCUGCCUGGCAAGAAAAAAUGACAGCUACGGCAAAACAGGAGAAGAGCAACAAACGAACCAGGAAAUCAGAAGAAGACGAUGAACAAGCACCGAGAGUGCGAAGAGUCAAAAAAACCUCGAGUUCGGAUAUGGAAACCGAAUACGUUCCACGUGGAACAAAGUCUCGACCAAGGCGAACUUGAAUCCCCUGAUCAAGCUGUGGCCGAUAUCAGACCACACCGUCCUUUGAUGGUCUGCUAUUUUGGCUGAAAACUUUUUGGAUCUUUCUUGGCAUUUACAUUCCAAAGUGCCAACAACUUUAGGAGAUCGAACAAAUAUAUUUCAGGCCUAGUUCUGAAAUCCCAUCUACCUAUGUCAAUGCUGCCAAUCCC